ACAACAACAACAACAACAACAACUGCAGCAACAGCAACAACAACAACAGCAACAGCAGCAACAACAACAGCGUCAACAGCACCAACAACAAUUACAACAGCAACAACAACGUCAAGUAGCGGGUAAUGCUGCAGCUGCGAUACCGCCAAUUUUUUCCGCAGAAGAAAUGAGCAAGGUUGCACAAGUAUUAGCUGUACAACAGCAACAACGUGCUCUUGCUGCAGCAGCUGCAGCACAUCAUGGCGCAGCUACACAUGCAGUUGUAGCAAAUCCACUAUUGCAAGCAAGUGCAUUGCAAAAUUUUGCGCAAAAUUUAAUGGCUAAUGGUGUAAACAAUCAACAACCAACUGGUCAAACAUUCUUCUGCAUUUUCUGCAUGAAGCAUUUCAAUACGCAAGCUUCAUUCACCCUACAUCUCAGCUUUGUUCAUUUUCGCAAUAAUGUUGUCAAUGUGAGCAUGCAAAAUUGUUUUCAAGAACAUUUCGAUAAAGAGGGUAAGGUGAAUACCUCGAUAGCAUCAAUUCCUUCCAUAUUUGGUACAGUUGCAAAUGUAAAAGGAAUUUCUGAAGAUGCCAUUACUCAUUCGGAUACGACAACAAAUUCUUCCUGUUCCUCAAGUCCUCAAAAAGUAUCACCAGGUGUUAUGCAAGGUAGAAUGCAAUCACCGGCGCAAUUAUCUGAAGCGGAUCAUUUAUCAGAUGAUUUGGAAUCAUCCGAUAUUUCCAUUCAAAAGGGUUGUGAGCAAUGUGAAACCCAUCGACAACGGGUUGCCGAAUUAGAACAAACAUUGGAAGCAAAACGGAUCGAACUAAAGAAUACCCGUGAAUUAAUGCGCCGUAUCGGUGUAAUUGCUGGUUCGUUACUUGAAUCAUGCACUGAUUUCGAUAAGCAAUGGGUGACACAUAGCCGUAAAGUUUACUCACAAAUACAAUCGGUAAUAUGCAAUAUGGAGUAA